UCAUUUCUCCUCAUUCUCAAAUCUCAUAACGAACAUUUUCAUCACAAACAUGCUUUCCUCCAUAUCUCUUCCUUCUUCUCUCUACGCCGCCGGUAACUUCUCCGGCGCCACCGUAACACCACCACCGUGCCGCGUCAGAUCGAAGCCAAUACUCAUCACCGCAAGCGCUACAGCAACUGCGGAAGCUCGCUCUACAUGGACAGAGCAACAAAGACCUUCGUAUUUAAACAUGAACUCUUUUUCUUACUCUUCUCCUGGAUCACACUAUGAGAUCCUCGGUAUAUCAGCAGGUGCUUCGAAUCAAGAAAUCAAGGCGGCCUACCGGCGACUUGCAAGAGUCUGCCACCCUGAUGUGGCGGCGAUUGAUCGGAAAAACUCAUCGGCGGAUGAUUUCAUGAAGAUUCACUCUGCAUAUUCGACGCUUUCGGAUCCAGAUAAACGUGCUAAUUAUGAUCGGAGUCUUUUCCGGCAACAACGACGGCCGUUGUCGACGAUGGUGUCUUCCGGCUACUCAAGUCGCAAAUGGGAGACCGAUCAGUGUUGGUAGUGAGUUGACUCAUCCGAGUGAAUUUUGAAUUUACUAACAGAUGAGGCAGUUGCAGUUAUUAAAUGAAGCACCAUGCCUCAAGUGUAAUUUAACUGAUUAGCGAUUCUAACUAUAAGUAAUUAGGGUUUUUACUGAAGCUACUGGUAUUAAUUAGUUAGUGUUUCAGAGUUUGUAAUGAAUUUUUCCACUAUAAUACAGUACAAAAUUAUUGACAACUUUA